UUUAAAGUGAUUUUAAUAUCAUUUUUAUUUACUUGUUUUUAUAAUUAAUCUUGAAAUUCGUUUGUCAUUAAUAUUUAUUCGAUUUUAUCAUUAUUUCUGUAAUCUGUAUAUACUGUUGUAAAAAUUUAUGUGAAUCAAGAUAUAUAUGUGAAAAAAGAGAACUAUGAAAGUAUCACAGUUUAUAAGCCAUUUCAAUAAUUAUUUCAAUGUAAAAUCUAUUUAUUAAAAAAAUCAUGUCGUCUAGUCAUCGCUCUAAUCGUGUUAAAAAUGAUUCAGACUAUAAUAUAAAGAAAAGAAAAUAUCACGAAAGAGAUGACAAUAAUGUUGAAAGUAAUAAACACAAGCACAGCUCGUUUGGUCAUUUGACCUCGCAAGAAUAUAAAAGUGAUGAUGAAUAUAAACAAAUGGAUUUAACUAAUGAACAAUAUAAAUAUAAAUCCCAACACGAUAAUAAAAAUUUCUCUUUUAGUAAAUACACGAACGAAUUGAAUAAAGUAUUUACAGCAAAUGUUAACUUGAUUUCUGAUACAAAUGACUUUUGGAAAUUUGUUCAUAAAUAUGAAACGAUAGAAAAAAGAAUGAGCAAUGCGAAUGAUGCAGGACCGGUCUAUGAUUUGAAUGCACUUGGGGUACCAAAAGUAUAUCACAAAGCACACUGUAUAAAUUUUAAAUUAAAUUUAACUUUUGGAGAAUUGUUCGCUAGAGUUCCUGAAACCAAAGCAUUGACUAAAGAACAAUUAUUAAAAUUUAAAUAUAUCAUUAAUUUAUAUUUGGAUUUUAAACAAAAAGAAAAAUUUACUAAAUUAAAAAAACUUCGAGAAACGCAGGCCAAUCUACCAGUUACUCAGUAUAAGAAUGAAAUCAUUGAAACAAUUAAAAAAGAAAGAGUUGUUAUUAUCGCUGGUGAUACUGGUUGCGGAAAGUCGACUCAAGUUCCACAAUAUUUAUAUUCUGCUGGUUUCAACAAAAUUGUUUGUACACAACCUAGAAGAAUAGCAUGCAUAUCUUUGGCAAAGCGUGUUGCUUUUGAAACGUUGACUGAAAAUCAUAACGAAGUUGGUUAUCAGAUUCGCUUUGAAAAACAAAAAACACAAGAAACUAAAAUAACUUUUAUUACAGAGGGUUUACUUCUAAGACAGGUAUCUGGUGAAUCUGGAUUAUUACCAUAUGACAUUGUUGUAUUGGAUGAAGUACAUGAACGCAAUUUACAUGGUGACUUCCUAUUAGGUGUCAUGAAAUGUAUUAUACAUCAAGAAUCUAAUAUAAAGUUAAUACUGAUGUCUGCUACCAUCAACAUACAAUUGUUUAGCGAUUAUUUUUCCAAGGAGAAUGCUAAAGUGAUACAGGUUCCUGGAAGAUUAUAUCCCAUUCAAUUAUUAUACAGACCUAUUACAAUAGAAGAUAUGAAAUAUAAGAACAAUAGAUUUAAUCCCAGUCCCUAUGUACAAAUAAUGCAAAUGAUUGAUCAUAAAUAUCCAGCUGAUGAAAAAGGUGAUUUAUUGAUAUUUUUAAGUGGAAUGAAAGAAAUUACUGCAGUCGUAGAUGCUGCCAAGGAAUAUAGCGCGAAAAAAAAUAAUUGGAUUGUUUUACCAUUACAUAGCUCGCUCUCUCUUGCUGAUCAAGAUAAAGUAUUUGAUUAUGCUCCAGAUGGAGUGAGAAAAUGUAUUGUAUCUACAAAUAUUGCUGAAACCUCUAUUACCAUAGAUGGAAUUAGAUUUGUAAUUGACAGCGGCAAAGUCAAAGAGAUGAGUUAUGAUCCUUUGUGUAAAAUGGAACGUCUCAAGGAAUUCUGGAUCAGUAAGGCUAGUGCAGAACAGAGAAAAGGUCGUAGUGGUAGAACUGGACCUGGUGUAUGUUACAGACUUUAUUCCGAAGAAGAAUACACGGCUCUUGAAGAAUACACAACACCUGAAAUACAACGUGUUCCUUUAGAUUCUUUACUGUUACAAAUGAUUGCUAUGGGAUUACCAGAUGCAAGAAAAUUUCCGUUCAUAGAACCUCCGCCAUCGGAAAGCAUAGAAAAUUCAAUAUUAUCGUUAAAAGAUCACAGAGCAUUAACGAAUGAUGAAAAAUUAACGUCUAUUGGUCAAACAUUAUCACGUCUCCCAGUUGAUAUUAGAAUAGGAAAGAUGUUAAUAAUGGGUUCUAUUUUUCAUCAAGUAGAACCAAUAUUAUCGCUUGCCGCUGCUUUAAGCAUACAAACUCCUUUUACCAAUAGAGCCUAUAAAGAUAUAGAAUGUGAGACAUCUAGGAAAAAGUUAGAAUCUGACCAUGGUGAUCCUAUAACGUUAUUAAAUGCAUUUAGAGAAUGGUUGGAAGUUAAGCAACAAAGUACACACGAAUCUAGAGGAAAUGGAAGUAACAGCAGGAAAUGGUGUAAAAGAAGAGGCUUAGAGGAACAAAGAUUUUAUGAAAUGAUCAAAUUACGAACGCAAUUUAAAGAAUUACUUCAAGAUUGCGGUCUAUUAAAAAGUUUAGCUGAACCAAAUUCUUCUAUGAGCAGUGCCGAACGAGCAAUACGACAUGGUGAAUUAAAACUUUUAAAAUCACUUAAACAAACCUAUAAACAAAGUGCGCCUAGGAAACGUAAACAAUUAAAAGUAGACACAUUUGAUAUACAACUAGAAGACAAUGAUAAUAACGAUGAUGAAAUAGACAUAAAAGAUGUUGAGUUUCGAAUGAAAAAUGAUGCAAAUCAAGUUCAAAAUCUUUUAACUGCGUCUACUGCGUGUAGUUAUAAAGAUUUAAUGAUGUUAAAAUUAAUACUUUGUAGUGGUUUGUAUCCACAAUUCGCAUGUGCUGAUGAAUUUAAUUAUUGCAAGUCUACAAGCGAGCAACUGUUUCAUACAAAAACUAAACCAUAUGUUGCAUUGCAUCCAAUGAGUUUCUUUGGUAAUUAUCCACAAGUACUGCAACUUGAAGAACAUGAUAUAAUAUCUAUACCGAAUUUUAAAAGUAAAACUCCUGUUAGUCCUAAGCAUCAAUUAUUAACAUAUUUAUCUCUACUAGAAACUACAAAGCCUUAUUUGGUAAAUACACUUAGAAUGCCUGCUGCACAAACAUUAUUAUUAUUCGCACAAGAAAUUGAUACUAAUGCUACUUUUUCAAUAAUAGUGUGCGAUACAUGGCUGCUAUUAGAAUUUCCUGUACCUGAUACUGGACAAACAUUAUUGAUGAAAUCUACUGGGCUACGUCACAAGUGGGAAUUUCUUUUAAAUGAAAGAUUGAAAGAAUCAGGGACUCCAAACAAUAUGUCUAACAUUAGUGAUAUAGAAUAUGAACUUACUCAAGAAUUAAUUGACUAUAUGCAUACAACAGUUCCGUACGUAAUAAAGCGUCUUUUACCUGCUGAUUUAAAAAUAAUAUACGUUGGGAAUGGCGAAAAUGCUGUACAUAUUGAUCCUAACCCUUUUAAAGUUGAUUUCAAGCCCGUAUUUAAUUCAAUAAAAGGAGGAGUGUACUUAACUGAUAAUAUUACAUAUAAUUGUAUAAAGGAAACUGAUUGGAGUGACAAAAUAGCUGUUGAUAUGUGUGAAACUACCUGGACUUGUCAACGAUGCAAUCUGGAAGCUAUCUUCACUAGUAUUGAAAAACUUCAACAUCAAAGUACUUGUAUGCAAUCAUCGAUGAAAGAAACUACUAAUAAAAUAGAACACGUAAAGGUAAAGCCCAACAGUCAGACUUACAAUUGUCCUGAAUGUUCAAAAGCUUUACAUCUUACGCCUAUCGAAAUAUUGAAGCAUAAGAGACAACAUAUGAAAGCAAAUAUACCAUAAACAACAUAUUAUAUUGUUAAUAAAUUUAUUUUUAAUUUCUUUUCUAAAGAAAAAAAAACAAAAAAUAU